UGUACCCAUCAUUCUUGAGAACUGUGCCAAGUGAUCUCUUUCAAGUUCAAGGUAUCGUACAGCUUGUCACUUACUUUGGCUGGUUCUGGGUGGCCACAGUAGGGACUACGGUGAGAUAAAUACUUUUUGAAAUGCUACAACUGAUCAGUUCUUGAACAUGUGGUUUACAAAUCUUUUUUUUUUUUUCUAUACAAAUUUCAGGAUGAUUACAGUCUUUAUGGCAUCCAAACAUUUAUUACUCAGUUUGCAGAACAAGGCGGGUGUGUGGCAUUUCAUCUCACUAUCCCACCAUCACCCACAGUAGCUCAGAUACAAGAAAUGGCAGACACAUUGCAGAGUUCAACUGCUCGUGUUGUCGUGGUCAUUGCUGCAGCAGUGGAUCUGUUAGAUCUCUUCUCAGAAGUUUGUAUCUUGAUUGAUGCAUUUUGCUAUUAAUGUGACAAGUUUUAAUAUCAUAAUUUAAAAACAUGGAACAUCAAAAAAAAACUUGAAAUCGUCGCAUGUGUACAUCUAUGCUUUUCCAGUUUGACCGGAGGAAUGUGACAGGGAUACAGUGGAUAGCCAGCGAAGCCUGGGUGACCUCUAGUCAUCUGGCCUCACCCCAAUUCCACCCUCUCCUAGAGGGAACUCUGGGUUUUUCUAUCCCUGGAGUCAGCAUACCUGGCUUAAAAGAGUUUCUUUUGAAUGUCCGCCCCUCUCCCAAGCCAGGGAUGGAAUUUAUUAAUAUGUUCUGGGAAGAACAUUUCAGUUGUAAGCUUGAUUUUGAAAGAGUCAGAGCCCAAAAAUAUGAAGCAAAUGCUGUGGAUAACUUCACUGCUAUAGAUGCUUUUCAUCACAAACCAGGCUCUCAAAAAAAUUCUGACUACAACCUUGGGCUUACUAUUGGACAAAAAAGAUUAUUCAAUUUGUCAGCAGAUAAAAAUGGUGAAGAUGCUAUGAAAAAACCUGUAUGUACAGGUUCAGAGGAUCUGAGAUACACUAACAGCAGUUACAGUGAUGUGUCUCAGGUCAGAAUUUCCUAUAAUGUGUACAAAGCUGUGUACGCCAUUGCCCAUGCUCUGCAUAGUUUUUUGAACUGUGAUUCUGCAGGACCUAACAAGGGAUUGUGUGAAAAGACCAGCUCAUUUGCAACUGGUCAGGUAUUUAAAUCAACAUUCAUGUUGUUGUUUUUUUUUACUUGAGUUUAUAUUUUUGUAAUUUUUUCUGUUUGUUUUUGUUGUUUUUUGCCUGUCAUUUUUUUAUUUUACCUUUCUAAUUUUUUUUUCAUGUAGUUCCUUCAUCAUCUGAAGAUGAUAAAUUUCACCAACCAGUUUGAUGAGAAAGUAUAUUUCGACCUGAAUGGCGAGCCAGUCCCUCGGUAUGACAUCAUUAACUGGCAGAAGGACAGCAAGGAUGAAAUGAGGUGGAAUAUAAUACUUCAAGUGGAUAUGAAACACUAAUUGUCUUAAGCCUAAUUUUCAACAUAGGCACAUAUUCUAAAACACGGAUUUAACUCUGUCUGUGAAGGUGUGAGGGUUUUUGAGUCACUUUUCAAUAUAAUAAGUUAUACCAUGUGCAUCACACCACAACCAAAACUAAGUUUCUUGAUGAAGCACGAAGCAGGAUCAGCAAUCCAUCCAUGCAAAUAAAAAAAUGCCUUCUGUCGUCGCCUUACAGACUUUGGACUUAAUUUUUUUCUUACUUCCAGUUAGAAGUAAUCUUCAAGGUGAGGUAAUGUGAUAACUAAUUUGCCAAAAGAAUUUCUAAACCAAAACUAGGACACAAGGUUUGCAAAAAUUAUACCAUCUCUUACAGAACAGUCCUGUUUUUCUUGCUUCACUGCACAUAUCAGUAUAACUGGGGGUUAAAUCUCUACUUAAUAUUUAAUAUUUACAAUUCUAAAACUAUUGUAUAUCUGUUGCAGUUUCAUUUAAUUUUAAAAUGCAUUGUGCUAGAUUUAUCAAAGUUGGAACAUAUGAUGGUUCAGCUCUGUAUGGACAACAGUUGCAGAUAAGGAAGAGCACUAUUGUAUGGACAAAAGGAGAGUCACAGGUGGGUCACACUCACCCUGACCUGUAAAUCAUA